AUGGAGAUGGAGAAAUACAAGCCGGUGAUGGCGUUAGUGAUGCUGCAGUUUACAACGGCAGGAGUUGCACUCUUCACCAAAGCUGCUUUCAUGGAAGGACUCAAUCCCACUGUUUACGUUGUUUACCGUCAAGCCAUCGCCACUCUCUUCAUCUUUCCCAUCUCUUUCGUCUCCGCUUGGAGGAAAGGAAGCAUACCAUCUCUUGGAGUAAGAGGCUUUUGGUGGGUGGCUUUCACGGCUGUCUUUGGUGUGACUGUGACUCAGAACGCUUAUUUUGCAGGGAUUGACUUUUCUUCUUCAUCCAUGGCUUGUGCCAUGACCAAUCUUAUUCCUGCCGUCACCUUCAUUAUCUCCCUCAUUGUUGGAUUCGAGAGGAUGAGGACAAGUGUGAAAAGUUACGCCAAAAUAAUAGGAACAUGUGUGUGUGUGGGAGGAGCCAUGGCAAUGACUUUUCUCAGAGGCCCUAAAUUGCUCAACGCUCUGCUCCAACAAGACAGCAACACUUGGUUACUCGGCUGCUUCUUUCUUGUCAUUAGCACGUUUGCUUGGUCCCUUUGGUUGAUCCUUCAGGUUCCUAUCUCCGCUCACUGUCCUGAUCACUUGUACACUUCCUCCUGCACUUGCUUCAUCGCUACCAUAGCCUCUUUCCUCUUGGCUCUCUCCCUUGGCAACACUGACUUAACGUCUUGGAAGCUUGAUUCCUCACUGAAGCUCUCUUGCUGCAUCUACUCUGGAAUCCAAUUGGCAGUGUCUUUCUUCCUACAAGCUUGGUGCAUUUCGAAGAAAGGACCUCUUUUCGCUGCUCUCUUCAAUCCUCUUUCUACAAUCAUUGUCACUUUCUUCGGCGCUCUGUAUUUACAAGAACAAACUUACCUUGGAAGCCUGCUGGGCGCUUUGGCUGUCAUCCUUGGUCUAUACAUUGUUCUCUGGGGCAAAUCAGAAGACUAUCAAGAAGAAGCCACAAACCUCAAACUGCAAAAUGAACACAACUCUGCCUCUGAAUCUGACUUUGUUCCCAUUAUGAUUGGUGAUAAGGCCAUUCGUAGCUCAGAGCUCUUAGAACCUCUUCUCGUGUAA